AUGAGUUAUAAUCAAAGGCAGAACAAUCCAUACUCCAACACAUACAACUCUGGUUUGAAGGGACAUCCAAACUUUUCUUAUCGUAACAACCAAGAACAAGGAUCAUCCACGGGGGCUAGACCAAGCUACCAGUCUGGACAACAAAGCUAUCAACAACAACAACCUACUCAAGGCUAUCAAUUAUCCAAAUUGGAGAAAAUGCUUAAGGAAGUCAUUUCUGGUCAACAUGAAUUGAAGCAAGAAAUCAAGAUGCUAAAUCAGAGAAUGGAUAGUUCUGAGAAGUACCAGAAAAUGCAAGAUAGCCAGAUUGCUCAGAUAGCUUCAUCAUCUUCAAGAGCACUAGGACAUUUUCCAGGAAAACCUGAUGUCAAUCCAAUGGAACACUGCAAUAGAAUUAAGCUUCGAAGCGGACGAACCUUGGGAGAUCCCCAAAUUCAAGAUGAUGAGGAGAAUAUCAAGAAGGCUGAAGAGACUUUUCCACUCUACCCUCAAAGCCAAGCAAUCCCUUGUCCGCAAAGAUUAGUUAUGAUGAAGAAGGAUGAAGAAUUUGGUAGAUUUCUUGACAAGGUAAAAGAUAUUUGUGUUGAAGUCCCUUUGAUUGAUGUCAUUCAACAAAUGCUGAAGUUUGCUAAGUUUCUGAAGGACAUUAUGUCAAAUAAAAAAAGAAAAGGAGACAUCGAGACAAUAGCUCUAACAGAAGAAUGCAGCGCUUUAUUUGAGAAGAACACUUCCCCAAAACUCCAGGAUCUUGGAAGUUUUUAUAUUCCUUGA